GUAAAGCGUAGUAUACCAAGAAUUUUGCAACACAACCCUAUGGCUAUGCAUGGGGAAUUCUCUACCAACAAUACUGGAAGGUGGUUCUGAUUUGGACCAAAAUCAGCCAUCUGAGAGUAAGUUUCACGAAGCAGACCUGCUUCCGCAGACGAAAAGCACUUCUAGUUCUAAUAGUAAAGAUGUCGGUGCCAACCAAGUCUUGGUAAGUAACGACCUAAAAAGUUCUGAAAGUUCUGUCUCUA